UACAGUGUGUUUGCUGGGAAGGGGACAGUCAAGGGGAGACAAGGGAUUACAUUGUCUACCUGCUUGUGAAGGAAUUAUUUCCCUCUCUGGAAUUUCCAUUAAAGAGAUCUUGGAACAAAAUCCCAACCGGAGCCAUAGCGACAUUCUUAUCAUCACAACCUGGUGACAUCACUAAUAUCACGUGAUCUACAGCAUAUUUUCCUACCAACAACAUCGUCGCUUGUCAGUAACUUCAGCACCGAACGCAUUUGACAUCAUCAAGGAGACCAUGAGCAGCAACUACAGCGUCACACUCGUAGGCCCUGCCCCCUGGGGCUUCAGGCUGCAGGGAGGGAAGGACUUCAACAUGCCCCUCACCAUCUCCAGGCUGACAGAUGGCGGGAAGGCGGCUAAAGGUGGCAUUGGUAUUGGAGACAUGGUUCUGUCUAUUGACGGCAUCGCCACGGAGGGCAUGAACCACCUGGAGGCCCAGAACAAGAUCAAGAGCUGCACUGGCAACCUUAGCCUCACCCUGCAGAAGGCCGCCAGUGUUCCUAAAGCUUCUCCUCCUCCUGUGGCACCAAAGGGCGACAGAUCAGACAUCAUAAAACCAGUGGCUCUCACUUAUCCCCCUCCACCACCUCAUCCCCACCCUCACUCCUCCAGCCCCUCCAUCACCCACCACAACAAGGCCCCCCGACCUUAUGGGGGCUGUGCAUCAGAGAGCGAAUACCCCCCCUCACAGUCCCCUUUCACUCCCUUCAUCCCAUCACCAUCCUCUGCCUUCACUCCUGCCUCCUCCCACGCCAGCUCUCCUCUUCCUCCUCCUCCACCUCCUGUCUCUUACCCAUCCUCUUCCUCCUCCUCCUCCUCCCCUCCUGUCCUCGUUGCACCCCAGCCGUCAGUGUAUAACACACCAAUCAACCUCUACUCCACCGAGAACGCGUGUGAGGUGGCCAUGGGGCAGAGGCGGGGCCUGUUGGAGAGUCAGGGUGGAGCCUUGCCUUUGCAGUUUAAUGGAGUUCCCAGGAAACACAUUGUGGACACAGACAUCCAUUUUUACCAUGUGCCCACUCAUGCUGAUGCCAGCAGGAAGCGCAUAAUGGAGGAUACAGAGGACUGGCGUCCACGUACUGGCACCACCCAGUCCAGAUCUUUCAGGAUUCUGGCUCAGAUCACCGGUACCGAGCGUGCUCAAGAUGAGGAAGCUGAUGCAGCCAAGAAGACAAACUGUCUUUCUGAAUCUGAGACAAAUGGUGGACAGGUCAGUGACAGAUCUCCAAAGCAUCCAUCAUCUGACCGAGUAGAGAUUUCACCCUCAGAUGCAGGAGCCAAUAACAUUGACCAACCACAGCCAGAUUCAGGCUCAUCAGCAAGUCAGGAACAGCCAGAAGAGGGUGCUUCAAUCCCCAACUAUGUCCUCUUUUCUAAACCUGGCAGCCUCCUAACAUCUCAACAUCAAGAGAACAGUGUGCCAUCUACAGCACCCCUUCACUUGGUCGCCAUCCCAAUGACAUAUUCAAGUUCUGUUGACAUGUUUUGUCAAAUACACCCAACUCAUUUGUCUAACAUGAGCUAUCCUUUAGCUCCGGUGCUAGUGCCUUUAACUUACACUGGUCCAAGCCAAAUCCCAUCAUCUCAUGCCCAAAGGCCAAAUGACACUUCUCUGGAUGCUUUGUUUAUGCCAGCCAACAUCCCACAUUUUCUUGGACCGAGUGCUGUUAGUACCCACACUCCAGCAUCCUGUUUACCUGUUUGUAGUGUAUUACCUGCUCAAGGGCUACACUUGCCACAUGGUGGUGACUCCUCAUUAGUUCAAAACCAAGCAGCAGCUUCGUCUGAUCCCAUCCCAGCUGCCUCAGAUAAAGCAGGUGCAGAGCCACCAAGCUUUCCACUUCCCACAGCUGAAAGCAAUUCCUCUCCGGCACCACCAGAGGGCAGCACAGACUCAGAAAAGUUAGCAUCCAGUGGCUGUUUGACUGAUCAUGAUGGCGAUGAGCACAAAUUAUAUCCUCGACAAAGUUUCUCGGUCCAAGUCAAUACUCAUCUAUCUCCUAUAGCAGCACGUCGCCAUGUCCUUUCCACCAAACCAGUCAGGAGAGAGCUCCUGUCAAGUCCUCUGGACUUCCUGCCUAGAGCAGCCCCGCGUCCCCCUCCUCUCACCCCCAGUGCCCCCAAACAGGCCACAACACACACUGAGCACCGUAGUCCAGUGCAGGCGAGAACACCUUAUCAGAGCAGUCCUUUUGCUUCUGAAAAGGCAGCGUCUCAAUGCUUAUUGGAUGCCCUGCUCAUCACUCCAAUCACUCAAGCUCCACCACUACGCUUGAGGAGGAAGAAGAAGCGUCGUAGCGCCAGUGAGCUGCACCUGCCCAAGAAUAAGAGGGUGUCGUGGCAUCAGUCUGCCGCAGAGGAGGGAGACCCUCUCCUCUCCUCUCCUGUCAAUGCUGUCUAUGUCUUUAGUGAAGAGGGAGAGGAGCCAGAACUCAACAGCCACGAGUCUGCAGUUGUCAAGACCAUGACCAAAGGACCUGCCACAAUCCAGGGUCACGGUCCACGGACUGGUUUGAUCACCCCAUCUUUUGGGAUGAAGGGUAAUGGAAGUGCCAGUGUCCCGAGGGGUCCUGUCCCAGCCCGACCUUUACCUCAGCCCCACCCUAAAGAUGAGGACACCUUGGUCCAGAAGGCAGAACACAUCCCUGCUGGGACUCGUACGCCCAUGUGUGCCCACUGCAACAUGGUCAUCAGAGGCCCAUUUCUGGUAGCAAUGGGGAAAUCAUGGCACAAGGAGGAGUUUAACUGUGCCCACUGCCGUACAUCCCUGGCAGACCUAGGUUUUGUGGAAGAACAGGGAUCAGUCUACUGUGAACACUGCUAUGAAGAUUUCUUUGCUCCCACAUGCAGCCGCUGCCAGGCCAAGAUACUGGGGGAGGUGAUAAACGCGCUCAAACAGACGUGGCAUGUCUACUGCUUUCUGUGCGCUUGCUGUCAGCAGCCAAUCCGAAACAACACCUUCCACCUGGAGGAUGGGGAGCCAUACUGUGAGCAAGACUUCUACAACAUGUUUGGGACUGGCUGCCAUGGCUGUGAGUUCCCCAUCGAGGCUGGAGACAAGUUCCUGGAGGCCCUUGGUUACACCUGGCAUGACACCUGCUUUGUCUGCGCCGUAUGCUGCACAACUCUGGAAGGCCAGACCUUCUUCUCCAAAAAAGACAAACCUCUAUGCAAGAAACACGCUCACACAUUGAAGAUAUGAAUCUUGGACUCUCCUCUCAAUUUUCUAGCCAUACAUCCUCCCUUGGUCAGUGGGGUGAGAAGGCGCUUAAUAGUUCAUGCAACAAUAAAACUCCAGCCAUACUCAUAUGUGCAGACUGGUCAGAAUAAAACACUGCCAUGUAUGCUAAAGUGAAUUUAUUCUUGUUCAGGGACACAGACCCACUGUAAAACAUAAUGUGCAGUACUUUUCUUGUGUGAUUUUGAGUGUAAGCAGCAACAAAGCUUGCAGUAAAGGAUCUCUGUUUUUACUAAGCCCCCCCCCCCCCCCAAAAAAAGUCUGGAUUUUAUUUGCUCAUGGAUCUAGAAGUUGAAAAGUUUUACAGCCAAAUGGUGCAAUUUAUGUGUACUACCACUAUCAAUCACCAAAGUCCAAUAACCAGUAAUGUGUAGGAUUUGUGAUCCUGGUCUUUAUUUCUUAAUCCACAGUUUCACCUUGUGUUUCUCAGAAUCACAACAGUAGUGAGAUCUUCACAUUUACCACUGCGAGCGAGUGCACAACAGGGCAUCGCUUCAUGCUAUAUCAGUACCACUGAGACAGUACCAGAAAUGUGUGAAAAUCUAUAUUCAUACACAUACCAUAGACAUUCAGAAAGAGGAUGCUAUUUACUAGACUUUUAUUUUCUAAGCAGACAUUUAUUAAUGUUAGUAUUAAUGUUUGUGUAACUGUAAUCAAAUUGAAAGAUCUGAUCUGCAGCUAUUUAUAUAAGACAUGUUCAAGAGAAUAUUAGGCAUCUAAUUUACUGGGUCAGAGUAUUUUAAUAUUUUGUUGCUGUGCUCUUUAUCAGAAUCUGCAAAAAACAUCCAACUUAGCUUGUAUAAGUUGUUGUAAUGCAGGUGUGCUGGAAGUCUGGAGUGAGGGUAAAACCUUUAUGUAUUUUGAUUUCUUUUUGUUGUGUGAUAUUUGUAACAUUGGCAAAAGUGUUACCAGUUUCAAAACAACAGGUCACGUGUAAAGGUGAAGCACUUAAAAAAUAGGUCUUGAUUUUAUGGAGGACAGAAUUGGCCCUAAAUACAAACUAAAUAAAUAAAUAAAUAUACAUGCAAAAUAAAUAGAUCUAUAACAAAAAUAAAGCUCAUAUUUUAGAUUGUAUAUCUAUGUAUUUAUUUCUCCUCACUUUGAUAGACAAACAUAUCUUGACAAGUGCAUAGUAUUGGCAGAAAUAUGUUUUCUAUAUUGAGUGCCAUAUAGUCUGACGAACCAUAUUCAUAUUUUUACUCACUUUACCUCAUGUUAUUAUAAAUAUUUAUUUUGUAUUUUAUAAAAAAUUCUGGUUGAUUCUGUCCUCCAUAUUUUUUCAUAACAGUGAGUAGCUCUUCUAGUCUGCAAGAACAUGAGGUCAAAUGUGGAUGCUAUAAUCCUUGUGUAGUGAACUGUAUAUUUUAUUUUGUUUAUAGAGGUGAGAAAUGUCUUAUCUGACAAUAUGUAUUUAACUGUUAAGGGGAACUGUGUUUUCUCCCCAGGGGAUGGUGCAGAGAGUAGAUGGGGGGUAGUUUCUUCUCUAUUUCAAGUAUCUCACUUGACUGUCCACUAAACAUCCCAACAAACAAUAUUUACUCUUUAUUAUGGCUGAAGGGUACAUAUGGUUACAUAUUUUUCUUUAAUUUUCAAACACGAGAACAAAUGGAAGCAAAACUCACUUAUAUUGAUUUCACCUAAAUAUCUUAAAAGACUGUUGGAUUUUUGCUGUCAAGGGAUAAAGGGGGUGAGUACAAUAUACAGUGUCAAUCAAACAAUACUCGCCAACAAACUACAAACUAUCAAAGUUGAUGUGAGUUGUUAAUAAAUGAUGCGCUUGUAAAACCCCAA